GGGUAUGGAUAUAGAUUUGGAUGGUAUUUCCUCAGUCUCUUCUCUGCAGUCCCUUGCCAAGCUACUUAGUGAUCCUCAAGAAGAUGAUGAUGAUGACAAAGGCUGUGGGCCACACAGUUCUGUUAGUGCCAUGGGUCCUGGUAAUAUUGGACCAGUAAAGAAGGAGACCGCUGGUACUGCUCAAGUGAAAUCUGAAAGUAGUAAAACUAUUUGGAAUACAGAGGAGGUCCCAGAAGGAUCAGAAUUUGAUGAUACUUGGGAUCCUAGGGAACAGCCAGAGUAUGAGAUUUUUUUCAAACAGCGGGUGGGAACAGAGGACAUGUUCUUAGGGAUGAGCAGGAAAGACGCCUCCACAGCCUGCUGUGAAGACAUGGUGAUUAAAAUCAAACUGCCAGAGACAAAGUUCUCAGACAUCACUUUAGAUCUCCAGGAUAAAGUUCUUGAUCUUCGAACUCCUCAAAAGAAGCUGUUGCUGCACCUUCCCCACCCAGUGGACAGCAAGAAUGGAAAAGCUCAUUUUCUCUCUGAAGAGGAGAUCUUGGAAGUCACCUUGAGGAUGACAAGGGAGUUUGACUACAUCAAUUUUGCCUAAUGCAUAAAGAAGUC